AUGACACUGACGACGCCAGCCGGCGCGACCAACGACGGUGCACCAGCGACGCUUGGGGUUCCAGAUCCUCACGCCGUUGCGGUUGCGCAGGCCGUGUGCCGGCAGGUGGAAGCGGCGCAAGUGUACCUGUUCGGUUCCCGGGCGCGCGGCAGCUACGAUGCCAACUCCGACAUCGACCUUGCCAUCAUCACCACGGAUCCGGUUCCAGAGGACCGUCGGCUCACCAUCGACGGCAUAGCCGAGCAGGUGGCGAUUGCCCUCCACCCCGAUUCGCCAGCGGCGGACCUGUCGUUCUUGACUGUCACCGAGCUCUUACGCGAAAGGGUCAAGAAGAACACGCUGGCCAACUCCAUUGCGAAAGAGGGAAAGCCGAUUAUGGACGGCAGUACCGCCGGCCGAGACGCAGAGUUCGCGGAAGAAGCCGUCGACUGGGCUGACGUUGACGCCAGGGUUACGAGCGCGCGGGAAGCGCUAACAGACUUGGAAGUGCUGUCAUCGGAUGCUCGGUCAUCAGACAGGACAAUAGGCUACGUCGCGCAGCAGGCGUUGGAACACGCAUACAAAGCCCUCAUCGCGGCACACGGCGAGGCAUAUCCCACCGGCGGCCGGGAUGGCCACAACCUGCGGAUACUGGCGGGCAGGGUUCAGGAGGUCAUGGGCCAGGAUUUCCAGGUUCCCGGCGCGCGCUGGCAGAGCCUUACCGCGUAUGCCGGUGGCGGGCGGUAUCAGGAUGACCAGCCACCUCUGGGCGACCGGCAAAGACUGUCCCGCGAAAUAUCCGCCGCGGUAACCGAUAUAAUCGGUCGCGUUCCGCAACGUGACCAAUCGUAA